AUGGCCGUCUUCCUGGCAGCUCUCGACAUCACCAUCGUUGGCACCGCGUUACCCACGAUCGUAUGGCACUUUCAUUCAAUGGCUGGCUAUGUCUGGGUCCCGUCGGCAUUUCUCUUGGGAAACGGCUCGUCUGUCCCGACUUGGGGAAAGCUGAGUGAUAUCUGGGGACGAAAACCACUGCUGCUCCUCGCCGUGGCAGUAUUCUUCUUGGGCAGUGCCUUGGAGCGGGGGAUGUACUACGGAAUCAUUGGCAUGGUCUGGGCAACGGCGGCGGCCCUUGGUCCCGCCGUUGGAGGAGCCUUGACUGAUAAAGCGUCUUGGAGAUGGUGUUUCUACAUGAACCUGCCGAUAUCUGGAUCUGCGUUCAUCAUUAUUCUCCUUACACUCAAUCUGCAAACGACAAAGACGCAAAUCCUUGCAGGUCUGAAAGCUGUCGAUUGGAUGGGGAGUCUCACGAUAAUCGGCGCUACAAUCAUGUUCCUAAUGGGCCUGCAAUUUGGCGGCACCUUCCACCCUUGGUCUUCACCCACAGUCCUUUGUCUCAUGAUAUUCGGAAUGGCCACCGGAGUUAUCUUCGUCAUCGUCGAAUCGAGAGCUCGUUAUCCCAUUAUUCCCCUCCAUAUCUUCAGCAAGUCGUCCAACCUCGCCAUACUGUUCGUCAACUUUUCCCACAGUACCUACUUCUUGCAGGGGGCUUACUUCCUUCCGGUCUACUUCCAAUCCGUCCUCGCUGCCAGCCCGCUCCUCUCCGGUGUCUGGCUCCUGCCCUGGGCCUUGUCCGUCUCCUUGAGCUCAGCAGCCACUGGAAUCUACAUAAAAAAAACAGGACGCUGCUUCGACUGCAUCUUGUUCGGCCUCCUUCUCUCGGUUCUAGGCUACGGUCUCCUCUACAACCUCCCCGACCGCAGAUUGUGGCCAAAGGUCAUAAUCUACCAAAUCAUAUCCGGCAUCGGCACGGGGCCAAUCUUCCAAUCUCCGAUGAUCGCCUUGCAGAGCAGCGUCGCUGCACAAGACAACGCGACCGUCACAGCCACAUACGCAUUCGUCCGGAAUCUGGCGAGCGCCAUUGGCAUAGUGAUCGGAUCCACAGUCCUAUCCAACAAGAUGACAAGCCACCAAUCCGCCCUUGUCGCAUCUCUCGGCCCGGACGCUGCGGCUCGCUUCUCAGGGAACGAAGCCCAGGCCGGCAUCCUCCUCAUCGACUCCCUGCACACUGAACAGCAAGCCGUCGUCCGUUACGCCUAUUACGACUCGUUGCAAAGUGUAUGGAUCGAGAUUGUCUGUCUUGCUGCUGCUGGGCUGGUCGCGGCGGCCUUUGUGGAACGGACCAGAAGGUUGAGUAAUACGCACGAAGAGGUUAGGACUGGUUUGGAGGCAGAGGAGGAGCGGAGGAGGAUCGCACGUGGAUCAAAGGAGCAGGAGGCCGAGAGGGGAGCGGAUACUGCGUAG